CAUUGGCCACCACAUCAACAAGACAUUAUCUAUUCUCAGCUAAAAGAAUUGGCGAAUACACCUUCUGUUAUUUUAGAAGACUCAGUUAUUACUAAACUACAAGGAAGGCUAGUUGGUACUAGAAACAAGAACAAAAGAACAACUUAA